GUAAAUAAGACCAAAUAAGACCAACUACCGAUAUUCGCAAGAAGCCGGCGUCGUUUGAAGAAUUAUGUCGAUGUGUUUCUUUAAUUUUAUCAAAUAUAAUCAACAUUUUAUUUAAAUGUAUUCAUAAAUUAUAAAAAUACAAGAUUCCAUAUGCAUCCCUAAUCGCCGCAUUUGUUGGGGAAUGUUUUACAGGCAUAAUAUUGUAAAAAGAGCAUUAAAAUGAUGCAUAGAAGAGGAGGUAAAAGAAUUCGUAUGGAUGAUCCGGUGCCUCCAGAAUAUGAGGCACCGAUGACUCCAAUGACUCCCAUGAAUGAUAAUUCAACUGGUGAAGCUAAUGAAGCUUAUUCCACUUAUACACCAUAUAGUCAAGCACCACAAACACCUAUACAUAAUCCAACCCCUGAACAUUAUUCAUCUGAGAGUUAUAGCUCUCCUGGUACAUCACAGCAACAAUAUCAAGAACAAACAGGAAGUUUUGAAAAUCAGUCACAGUUUGAGCAACCAAUGACACCAGCAACUCCAACUAAUAUGAGGAUUACAAGAAAUACACGUGCUAGAUUACGUGGGGGGCCAAUACAGCAACCAAAAUAUAAAGAAAUAGAUACAGACUAUAUUCCAACUACUACUAGUAGAGGAAGAGGAGGUGGAGGCCGUGGACGUGGAAAACGAACACAUCAUUCGCAUAGUUUAGAAGAUGAGGCUAGCCUUUAUUAUGUUAUUAGAAACAAUCGAUCUUCGUUGACUGCUAUCGUUGAUGACUGGAUAGAAAAAUACAAAAGUAACAGGGAAAAUGCUCUUCUCAUGUUAAUGCAAUUUUUUAUUAAUGCAAGUGGCUGUAAAGGACGUAUUACACCUGAAAUGCAAGCAACAAUGGAACAUGUAGCGAUAAUUCGUAAAAUGACUGAAGAAUUUGACGAAGAAAGUGGGGAAUAUCCAUUGAUCAUGACCGGGCAACAAUGGAAAAAAUUUCGUGCAAAUUUCUGUGAGUUCGUGCAAAUAUUGGUUCGACAGUGUCAGUAUUCAAUAAUUUAUGAUCAGUUUUUAAUGGACAAUGUAAUUUCAUUGUUAACUGGUCUUUCUGAUUCUCAAGUGAGAGCUUUCAGGCAUACAGCUACUCUUGCUGCUAUGAAACUUAUGACGGCAUUGGUAGAUGUUGCUCUAACUGUAUCGAUAAAUUUGGAUAAUACACAACGACAGUAUGAAGCCGAAAGACAAAAAGCAAGAGAAAAACGAGCUGCCGAUAGACUGGAAUCUUUGAUGGCAAAACGGAAAGAACUAGAGGAAAAUAUGGAUGAAAUAAAAAAUAUGCUUACAUACAUGUUUAAAUCUGUAUUUGUACAUCGUUAUAGAGAUACAUUGCCAGAAAUACGCGCAAUAUGUAUGGCAGAAAUUGGAGUUUGGAUGAAGAAAUUUCAUCAAAAUUUUUUAGAUGAUUCUUAUUUGAAAUAUAUAGGUUGGACAUUGCAUGAUAAAGUCGGAGAAGUUCGAUUAAAGUGCCUUCAAGCAUUACAACCAUUAUAUGCUUCAGAGGAAUUGAAAACUAAACUUGAACUUUUUACAAGUAAAUUUAAAGAUAGAAUUGUUGCAAUGACAUUGGAUAAAGAAUAUGAUGUGGCGGUGCAAGCUGUUAAACUUGUUAUCUCGAUUUUAAAACAUCACCGAGAAAUCCUUACCGAUAAAGAUUGCGAACAUGUCUACGAACUUGUUUAUUCGUCUCACCGUGCUGUUGCACAGGCGGCAGGUGAAUUUUUAAACGAACGACUAUUUCGUCCAGAUGACGAGGCAGUGGCAGGCGUGAAGACUAAACGCGGAAAGAAGCGUCUGCCAAAUACUCCUCUGAUUCGAGAUCUUGUUUUAUUCUUUAUCGAAUCGGAACUUCACGAACACGGAGCUUAUUUAGUAGAUUCUUUAAUUGAAACAAAUCAGAUGAUGAAGGAUUGGGAAUGCAUGACGGAUUUGUUGUUAGAAGAGGCUGGACCUGAAGAAGAAGCUUUAGAUAAUCAAAAAGAAACAUCUUUAAUUGAAUUGAUGGUUUGUUGUAUAAAACAAGCUGCUACAGGAGAAGCUCCAGUUGGUAGAGGGCCAACUAGAAAGAUAUUAUCAGCAAAAGAAAUGAAGCAAGUUCACGAUGACAAACAACGAUUGACGGAACAUUUUAUACAGACAUUACCUCUUCUACUUGAUAAGUAUAGAGCAGAUCCUGAAAAGCUUGCAAAUUUACUAGCUAUUCCUCAAUACUUUGAUUUGGAUAUUUAUACCAAAUCACGACAAGAGCAGAACUUGGAUUCAUUGUUAAAUAAAAUUCAUACAAUUGUGGAAAAAAUGCAUGAUACAGAAGUUUUAGAUACAGCUGCAAAGACAUUGGAACAUAUGUGUAUAGAAGGGCACGCUAUCUUCACCAGGUGUGAUGUAGCACGUUCAACGUUAAUUGAUUCUAUUGUAAAUAAAUAUAAAGAAGCUAUCGACGAAUAUAGGAAUUUAGUAGAAGGAGAUGAAGAACCAGACGAAGACGAAAUUUUUGAUGUUGUACAAUCUCUUAAAAAGGUCUCGAUAUUUUAUUCUUGUCAUAAUAUGAAUCCAUGGGGAAUAUGGGAUUCCUUGUACAAGGAUAUCGAAGAUGCUAAAGAUCCAUCUAGGUGUUUACCACACGAGGCAGUCAAGUAUUGUAUAAGUGCAUGCUUUUUUGCAAUUUUGUGGGGACAAAAUCAUCUUAUGGAAUCUGCGGAUUCUGGAAAUCGAAGUGAAGAUGAAUGCCGGCAAUUAAAGGAGCGCUUGCACUCUUUUAUGGGCUCUAUGCGUCAUUUCGUUAGUGGCGAUGUGAAUGGCACGCCUUCUCCACCAAUUCUACGAGAAGAAGCUUACAAUACAAUUUGUGACCUGUUAGUGGUAUUUUGUAGUCAGUUGACAUCACAUUCUAAUCCUUUAAUGCAUCAAUUAGUAUACGAACCUGACCAAGCAAUGCAAAAUAUGCUUAAUCGAUUCAUACAAGAAUACGUAUUUUUUGAAGAAGAAGAUGAUGAACAUGACGAGCAUUCAAAAAUUGAAGAAUUGCACAAAAGAAGAAAUUUUCUAGCUGAUUAUUGUAAGUUAAUUGUAUAUAAUAUGAUACCAACGAAAGCAGCAGCAGAUGUAUUCAAACAUUAUGUAAAAUAUUAUAACGAUUAUGGUGAUAUUAUUAAGACUACGUUAGGAAAAGCUAGAGAUAUUAAUAAAACCCAUUGUGCUUUAACUAUGCAACACAGUUUGAACAUUUUGUAUAAUGAAAUAGUAGCUGAAAAAGGCAAAGUUAACAGAAAUAGUGAAGAGUUUACUGCUAUUAAGGAACUUGCGAAACGAUUCGCUUUAUCGUUUGGUUUAGAUGCAGUCAAAAAUCGUGAAGCAAUAACCGCUUUGCAUCGAGCAGGUGUUCUUUUUGCAAUCACACCUCCAGAUGGUAUCGAACAAGAUCCUACUGGACCACCGCCUAAUUUGUCUUUUCUUGAAAUCUUGUCUGAAUUUACCAAUAAACUUCUUAAACAGGAUAAACGGGUUGUAUUAAAUUUCCUCGAUAGAAGAUUACAAGCUGGAAUGCCGUCCUCCCGCGGUGAGGACUGGCAGCCAUUACUUUUGUAUAGAAAUAGUCUGUUACAUGGUGAAACAGAUCAAGUACCAGUAACAAGCAAACGAGCAUAUACAAGACGUAAAAAGGAUCAUUUAGCUGAAGAAGAAGAAGCAGAUGAGCCUGACGAAGGUUCUGAUCAUGAGUUUCCUGGCAAACACAAGAAGAAACGAGGCCCAAGAAAACAUCAAUUAGCCGUUAAUAAAGUAUCAAUAACUCGUGGAUCUAGGGCGGCCGGGUUUUAUGAAAGCAACGAUAAUACACAAAUGCAGACAUCUCCAUCGGCAAUUAUUGAAGACGCAUCAACCAGCCCUUCUCAAGACAUAGAUAAUAAACUUAAAACAUUACAAAUCCAAUCGAGGUCACGAAGAAGUCAGGAUCAUAUGGAACCAAGAGAACUAAGAAGAACUUCUAGAAAUUCUGGUCGUUACAUAGAAGGGCAGUACAUGGAGUCCGAUUCUGAAUAAUGAAGUACAAUAAAAAAAGGGUACAUCCAACACGGAAAUACUCUAAAAGGAAGUGAUUUGUGAUACGUUUAUAAGAUAUAUAAAUGGUGUUCGGCUACAGGUGGGUAUCCUUUAAGAGAGAUGGUAGCUAAGAUAAUUUUGAACAACUUUUUGCUUUACCAGAAUGCUCGUUGAGACUUAUUUUUUGAAUAAUUAAUGAGUAACACUUGACUAAGCAGAGCGCGUAGGCUCGGCCGCGGGUGUUUUUCAUGAAUAAUUCAAAAACUGUCUUAACGAGCAUUUUGAUAAAGAAAAAAGUUGUUCAGGAUCUUUCCAACUACCACGGCUUGCAAGGAUGCUCACCUGUAGCCGAAUAUUCUGUAUAGAUUGAGUAAGUUUUGGAACUUAAUCAAUCAGUUUACAAUCAAAUUUCAUUUUUAUUUACGAGAUUAUUAUAAGGCUUUGUUAAAGCAUUUCUUUCCUUUCUAAUAUUAUUUUUAUUAUUUAGAGUGAUAUAUCUUGUUUUGACUGUAUUGUAGUAUAUAUUGAAAACAAUAUACUACUUAAUAUCAGGGUCUUUAUAUUGAUAAAAUUUUUAAAUACUAUUGUUAUCAUAAAACUAUUUAAUUACUACCGAAAUAAAUAAUUAUAACGUAUAAAAAAUAUUUGUCUUAUAUCAUCUGCUUAUUUAAAAUUAUAUUCUAUUAGAAACAUCAUUGUAAUUAUAUAUUGAUAUCAUUCACUGUAUGUACAAUUAUAACUUUGUGUAUAAGUUAAAAAGAUAUGUUUACUUAAAUUAAACUAUUAAAUAAAA